AUGGCUGGGGCAUCUGCUGGUGCUAUCCUAGCAGCUUGUUUGGUAUGUAAAGUACCACUAGAAACCAUUAAAUCUAGCUUUAUGGAAACAGCAGCUGAAGCUCAAAAUUGGGCACUAGGCCCCUUCAGCCCCAACUUCAAUAUUGAAGACUACUUAAAAUUGGGCCUAGAAGCCCUACCUCAUGAUGCACACAUACAGGCAAGUGAUAGACUACAUGUAUCCCUUACUAAGGUCAACAAUGCAGAAAACAUAUUGGUGUCCAGCUGGGAGUCAAGAGAAGAGCUCAUACAGUGUCUCUUGUGCUCCUGCUUUAUCCCAGUGUUUUCCGGUCUCAACUUCCCCACCUUUCGUGGAGUCAAGUACAUGGAUGGAGGCUUUACCAAUAACCUCCCUGUGGUACAGCAGCCAGCCAUCACCAUUAGUCCAUUUGACAGCAUAGUUGAUAUUUCUCCAAAGAACAAGGAAAAGAAACCUGUUUACAUAAAUAUAGCCAAUGAGCAAAUGGCCUUAACCACAGCCAAUGUUGUGAGACUGAUCCGUGCCCUGGUCCCUCCACCAGUGGAAGCCUUGGAGGCCUUGUAUCAGAUGGGAUAUGUGGAUGCCUAUCACUUUCUUCAACAAAAAUUAUCAUCAUUGAGGCUGGGUAGUCAAUUGUCACCCUGAAAAGUUGUUUAAAGUAUGUAGCUGUGCAUAUUGUUGUCUUAGCAAGGGUGUCAAAAUAAACUCUUGUGAUUAGGUGAAGAUUUUUGUAUUGUGCAAGAAAUUUAUGUUAAAAGAUACUUUGUAUAUAGAUAUUUGUACUGAAGUACUGUACAGUGGUCCCUCGGUUAACGAGCACAUUCAGUUCUAGAAGGUUGCUCGUUAACCG